UGAUUGUGGAGCAAUUGGCGGAAUGAAAAUUGGCAACGGAAACCGCAGUACUCGGAGCGGCAUUAACUUACACCCCUCAUGCUACGUUACUUACUAAUCCGUCUGUACUAGAACAUAAGAAGUGCUGCCAAACCUUAAUUAAUUCGCGACUUGAAAAUGUGCGUUUUACUAAUCUAUGAUUUGAUAGUUGUCUGUGAUCUAGCUAGACUGUUGAAUGGGAUCAACGGAGAGAGUGUGGAAAUUGGUGUUUUAUGUAGGUGAAGUGUAAAGUAAAUGUCUAGAAAUUGUUAUUUAGGUAAAACGAUACACGGAACAGUAGAACUAUUGUUUUGCGAUUUCGGAUGAACUGUAUUGGAAAGUAUGGCUUCAGUUGAAGAGAUUCAAGAGCUCAAAGAGAAGGGAAAUGAAUGUGUACGGAAUAAGAAAUAUGCUGAAUCAAUAUUCCAUUACACCCAUGCUAUUAAAUUAGAUCCAUUGAACUAUUCCUUGUAUAGCAAUAGGUCACUUGCAUUCCUCAAAAUGCAACAAUUCUACUUUGCAAUGGAAGAUGCCAAAGAAACAAUAAGGCUGAAGCCAGACUGGGCUAAGGGCUAUUUUCGGAAGGCUGAGGUAGAAUUUUCUACUUUCCAUUUCACAGAUGCCUUGAUAUCUUACAGUCUUGCUUUAAAACUACAGCCCAAUGACCCAAGUAUUUUAGAAGCCAUUGCGAAGACAUCCCUGGAGAGGCAGAAAGAUAGAAAAGCUGAUGAUCAAAUUCCAUGGCUUGGAGCUGGUGUUGGCAUCAUCAUGGGUGUUAUAAUUGUGGCAGCAGACCAUAUUCUCACUCAUAAACCAACGUUAGUUCAUCCUGUUCUGAUGGCACUUCUCACCAUUGCUGUAGCCAUGAUUGGUUAUGGAAUUGCACGAGGGAUCCGCUACUAUGUCAAGUGCCAAAGAGAAGCGCUUCUCGAGCCCCCAGUGGAUUUACUUCAAGAUGAUGAGAAGGAACCUCAGGCUGUUGAAACAGACAGUACUGGUAAAGAAGAAAGAGUCCAUCGAUCAUACACCAAAGCUCAAGCUCGACAGAGAUUCAAGAAAGGGAAGAGUUAGUUAAAGUGGAGAGAAAACAACUGGAACAGUCAGGAUGAUCAGAGGUUUCAGCCUUCACCCUUAACUGAUGAAUUAAAUGUUUGGGCAAUAUUUUAUACAGUCAGCUGAAGUUUCCAUGGCCAGAGGCUAAGAAAAAACACCAUUUAAAAAAAAAUCUGCCAAGGUAAUAUAUUCAUUAUGUAAAUGUAAAUAAUAAAAUAAGGGAUCAAAAGUACACAGAGAAUCGUUUAGUUGGUUCUACUGCAGAUUUUGCAAGAAGCCAUUCCAGAUGUAUUUGCUGAAAGUAAUCUUGUAUUUUAAUCAACACAUACAUUUUAAUUGCUGUUUCCUGUGAGGUAAACAUUUUAUGUAAAAACUGUGCUCCAACGAUGGGGAGGCAAAGGUUGCCUGAGUGUAUGAUGCAAACUAUAAAUAUUAUCCUGAUUUUCAGACAACUGUUACUGUGACUGGGGUACCCUCAAAUUCAGUUUGUCCCUUAAUGAAUGGUAGAGUGGUCAAAGUGGACUAGUUCUUCCAGUGACUUGUCUGACCUUCUCAUCGUUGAAGGAUACCUUGUUGUUUUAAUUAUGCUGAUUUUGUGUUCUUCACUAAGGUGGUAUUACAUCAAACUUGUGUUUGUGUUACUUCUUGGUUUAUUUCACAACAGUCAGUGCCUGAUACCCUAUUUAAGGAUGUGAAUGAAAGCCUUAUGUGUGGUACUAUUUUGCAUUUUUGUGGAGGGACUGAAGAAAUCCACGAAUACAGGCAGGAGAGCUACCAGUUGUAUACAAUAACCUUUUAAGCUUAAAAAUAGUCCCCCAAAACUAGGGGUCUUCUUAUAUGCAAAUCAUAAAAUGUGAACCUUACGCCAGGUGAUGAUUAAUGACUACAAUGUAUCUUUUAACUCCCAUCAUAAUUAUUUCUAAUUGAAACUCAUGAUCGUUUAUAUAAGUAAGAUACAGAUUAUAAUAAAGUAAUGUGUAGUGAGAUAACAUGACCACAGUUACCAUGACUGCAAUGUCAGUAUGAGGAACUUGACACUAUUCACCAUUUGCAGCAGCUCAUGUAAAACAUACCAGAUCCAUGUGUCGCACCAAACAGGCACCUGUGUGGGUUUUACUAGCAUUAAUGUUGUUCUGUGAUUUUUCAUAAAAGGCUUUAGUUGUGAGUAUACAGUAUACAAGGAUUCUGCAGGAUUUUAAUGAAUUUUAGAUUAAAAAAAUGUUACUCCAUCUCAUCUUGUAAAUGUACCCCAAAUUUAAACCUUUAAUUGAAAAUUUGGGAGAUGCUAGUAUGUGACGUAACUGUUCAGCCUUACACUGAAAUGUUAAGACAUCUUCAUCAGGUAAACAUAUGAGGUACCUACAUUGUUUUUUUAUCAUGUACAGUAACAUCAUGUAAUACCUCCUAUUUAUACUUAAUGUCUCUGUUCUUGCCAUAGAAUCACAUAACUAAAACUUCUGUAGUAAUGUCUGUAAUAAUAUAAUUAAAUUUGAUUCAGGUGGCUGAAAAUAUUGUAACAGUCAUGAUUACUGUC